UUAUGAACAUAUAUAGGUCCAUGGUUCAACGGGGGCUUGUACAUCUGCUUUCUGUGAGCUGUUGGAGCAUAAAGCUAUUCAACCUCUCAAACUGAGAAAAUUCUUCUUAUCUGCAUCUACAGCAACAUUCGGGCACAAAAUUUUGUCUCCUGUUGACAAUUAUACAGGGGAUGCUGUAAGGCCUGCUGUUUCAACUAAAGGCUUUUAAAACUGCCAUUGUUGUAUGGAAGGCCAGGUUCCAAGUGCAGCAAAAUCUGCAGAGAAGGAGCUUCCAUACUUUUAUCUGGGAGGAAUCACAGUGAAGAACAUGACGGCAAAGCCGAUGAUAUUCGACGCUCCAUCAAACAACUAUACUGAUGACGUGCAACUGAUGCCAGUGACCACAUUUCAGAAGAGGAGUUCUUUGGUAUCAGGGAUGACUGUACCUUUCCAUUACAAUGUAGAGACAAAAACUCUUCCUCUGAGUGAUCCUCUUAUCUGCCACCCAAGCAGUGACUCAACCAAGGUUCCAUGUUCCUUCUCUUUGUUUUCUCCUUCAUCAUUAUCAUCAUCUUGCACUCCAAUAUCAAAAUCUUCUUCAGACCUGUUGGAAUUAAAACCGACGAUUUGGCAGUCUAAAUUAGAGGACAUCCACAUCCCUCUGGCUCUUCCACAGUCACAGGCCUUCCAAAGUCAAGCAUUCUCAAAGUCUGAAUUCCAGAACAUUCAUCUUCAACUGCAUCAUAAAUGGCAUGAGAACACUUUGAGUUUUACAUCACAAAACCAAGCCCACAGCAUCAAACAGCAGAAAGUGACUGGGCAAAUUGAUUGGCUCCAUGCCGUGCCGCAACCAAUGAAGUACUCAACAAGAAAACCUUCAGACAAGAAUCCAGCAUCAAGCAAGCUCUUCAGGGGUGUUCGACAGCGGCACUGGGGCAAAUGGGUUGCAGAGAUUAGAUUGCCUAGAAACAGAACAAGGCUGUGGCUGGGUACAUUUGACACACCAGAAGCUGCAGCAUUGGCUUAUGACACGGCGGCCUACAGGCUGAGAGGUGACUGUGCUCAUCUGAACUUCCCUAACCUCAAACAUCAGUUGAAGACUGAAGCUGACAGAUCUCAGCAGAAUGGAAAUGGAACCUCACUGUGCUCUGCAACUUGUGCCCUCCUCGAUGCAAAAUUACAGUCAUUUAAUGACACUGCUGCUUCACGUGAUCAACAAAGCUGUGACCGGCAACUGAAAAGCAGCACCGUUGAUUCAUCUGCAGCUUCUCCACCCUUGAAUUCAUCAAAUAAAGAAUGUCCAGCGGAGCUGCAGAGCAAUUGUGAGGAGGAGACAACCUGCAGUACGAAGACUACAGACUGUUCUGAAACAGAUGAAAUUUCGUUGAGCAGAAUGCCUUCACUGGACAUGGAAAUGAUAUGGGCAUUACUCCCUACUACUGAUUCUUGUUAACUUUUUCUUCUUAGAUCUUCUUUUUCAUUGAAUAUCAAGUAAUAGUUACAUGGGGAGUGGAGAAGAAGAUCAACAUGCGCUUAG